AUUCUGGAAAGAAUGGCUACACUGCCAACAGGGCACCUUCGAUCGAUGGGCUGCUGUCAACAAAACCUUUAUAAAAUAUUUAUUAAAUAAAUCCUUUAUAAGACGCAGUCAUUCCUCUACGACAAGUUUAGCUCUGUCUAUGUACAUGUCACAAUAUUGUGCAUCAGUGAAGUGUACAACAUCUGGAGCGAUAGUGAAAGUGAAUUGCAUAGUUUGAUUCAUUUCCAUGAUAGUGACGGGGCUGUCGGACACAGCUGUAGCAUAUGUGAGCGGAGCUCUUGCGAAUGUUAUGUAAGCGCUGGUAGCGCGCGGCAUGUCUUGGAUGAAGCGGCCACAGGGUGGCACGGCACCGCCGCCGGGCCCCGAGCGACAGUCCUACGCCGCACCCCAGGUACAGGCAUUUGGGAACCAACAGAACAUGUACCCAAAUUAUCAAGCAGGUACAGGUGCAGGCAAUGUUCAACCACAGCAGUUCUGGCAGAUGCCACCCCAACAACAAGGCCAGUAUGGUCAGCAGUUUGGACAAGUGUACCAACAACAAGACUAUCCUACCAAUGCUAACCAGUUUUAUCAGCAACCAGCUCCAAACCAGUUCAACCAGAACUACACCAGUCAGGGUUUCAAUAAUGCUCAAACCCAAAGUUACCAACAAAAUUAUUACCCCACUGAAGGAGCCACACAACACAACUUUCAACAAAAUAAGCCCAAUGCUGACAGUUGGGAGGACAACUGGGACUGGGGAUGGGAGGAAUCAGCAAAACAAGCUCAGAAAGCAAACCAGAAUGCAGGCCAGCAACUUGCGCCUCCUCAACAGGCAGCCUUCAAUAAUGCUAAUGUUAUAGAAGAGAGUUUUGCUUCAACUGAUAGCUGGAAUUGGUCUAUGGAUGAAAAGAAAGAGUCAAAGGAGCCUGUGUCUGUACCUCACAACAAUGAAAAUAAAGAACCCCUCCCUCUUCCCUCAAAGCCUGUAGCAAGUAGUAACUCUGAGGCUGAAACAGUAAAUAACAUGCCUCCCGCUCAUACUGAGGAAGUUCGGAGCUUGAAUGAUAAGGAGGUGGUAAGGGAGCGUCUGCCUAAUCUGGCUUUAGGUAAACGCUUUCAUUUAGACAAUUUAACUCCGCAAUGGUCCAUAGAAUCCCAAAUGUCCCAAGAAUCAAGUGAUGGACCUCACACUCAUUCUGAAGGAACUUAUAGGAGUGAUAAUCAGUCUAGGAACUCGAGUAAGAGUAGUCCAGGGUUGAAUACAGACAACUCUAAUUUUAAUUAUUCUCAAGUUGGUUUUGAUGAAAGUUUCCCUCAGAACAAUGAAUGGUCAAGACCAACAGAUGAACCACCUACUGACCAUGUUCAAAGUAACAGCAGACGGGAAAGUCACGAUGAUCUAUCAGGGUCUCUGCAAGAACUAAAUUUGAACAACCAUAAAAAACCAUCAACAGAUACAUCACACCAGAGCCAUCAUGAUGACGCUAGAAGCAGUCAUGAUUUUAGUUCAACAACACAACCCCCCCCUGCUGUGUCUCCACUUAGUUUUCCAAGUCCUGUUGCAUCCAAUGUGGUUCCACCUGUUAUGGUUACCAACAUGCCUCCCCCACCACCAGUUUCAUCUACAUCUACACCUUCAAGUGCAUCUUCCUCUGCUGCAUUACCAGCUGCUUCCUCUUCCUCAGCAAUACCUCCACCAAAUUUCCCACCACCUACUUCAAGUCAAAAUCCCUUCAAAAUGAAUGCAGGUCCAUUCUCUCACAAAACGAUAGCUAAAGUGUCGACUAGUGCUGCAAGUGCACCGGCAUUCCCAGCACCUAGUGCGACUCUGGCAUCUCCUGCAGUAGUUAGCAAAGUGUCUCAGCACAACAGAGUGUCACAGGGGUUCGAAGCAAACCUCGAAACUACACCAGAUAAUUCAGAACGACCAGACCAGCCCCAAAUAUCAGCGUUUCGACCAUUGCCUGUCUCGCAACCGGUACCCGAUAAUAUGGAGAUAGCCCCACAGAAUGAUAGAAACGAAUAUCUACAAACAGCACAUUUGUCAAGCAGUGACUAUGGAGAAAAUACCGACUUUAGUAGAGGCCCACCUCCUCCUGGGUUACGGCGGAUGGUAGUAGGUCAACAAGAAUCUGAAUAUAAUCAAAAUUUGAAUAUUUCCGGAGAUGAACCGCCACCUGGCUUGGCUAGAAUGGUGCCAGGUCAACAGACCGAGUCUGUAAAUGCAUACAAUCAGGCAGGAGAAAAUUAUUUAGACCGUCAUAUUGACGGACAGCCAACUGAAAAUAGCGCUCGUCCUUACCGCCAGGCUGACGGUCAACAAACGCCAGACAGUUACACACAGGCGCCUCCUGCCAGGGCUGCAGAGAGGCGACCUAUUGGGCUGGAUAGGAUGGUGCCAGGCGAACCAAGCAAUGAUGAGUACCCGCAAUAUCCGACUUCCAACUAUGCUGGCACGAACGAACAGCGCGUGGUCACGGGUCUGGACCACGACUUCUCUAUGCCGACUGACGCUGGGCCCCCAGAUGUCAGAGAACAAAAUGUCGACGGUUCUGAUUACACCGAACAGAGUUCCAGGAACCCGCCGAGAAACAUAAUAGGUGCCAGGGAGUCCAGUAACGACGCCUCUCCAGAUUUCAGCGCGCCGCCGGAUGAUAAUCAGCGGGAAGUCACGAUGGAGGGCGAAAACCUGCAAGAUUUGAGCAUAAUUUCUUCAACAGAACUGACGUACUCACGAGAACAGGUGUUGGACGGCGCUGAUAUUACACUCGCAGAUAUCGCUACUGACAGAAAGACUGAUUUAUCAGAUUCUAUAGACCACCCCACCACAAGUUCUAGGCGCCAAUCUCUAAAUAGAGUUAACACUUCGGGAGAAGACUCCGAGAGAGAUAGAGCAUUCAAAUCUUCGCCGAGAAGAGACAGAGACAAACAUAAGUCGACCAGAGAUAGAGAUUCGAAGCGGGACAGAGACCGCGAUCGAGAGAGAGAGAGGGAUCGAGACCGAGAACGUGACAAAGACGGCAGGUACUCUCGCGGCGACCGGAAGUAUGAGCCUGAGAGGAGAUCUGGCAGGGAGGAGCGUCGGGAGCGCGACGCCUACCCGCGCGAGCGACGCGACCGUGACCGCGACAGCCCGGACGCGCGCCGCCACCGCCGCACGCGCGCGCCGCGCUACGAGACCGAGGACACGGACUACUACAGCGACCGGGAGAGAGAUCGAAGGCGCCAUCGCGAGGGCUCGUACACCUCUUCCAAACCGCCCCGUCCUGAAGACAAGGAGCGGCGGUACGUCGAGGAGCGAGACCGCAACAAACGGUACCACACGAUAGAACGAGACAGACGAUAUGACGACGAUCGCGAAAGGCGCGAGCGGCGGCGCGGCGACCGCUACCGCGACCGCUACGAGCGCGCCUACCGCGACAUCGACCCCUCGCGCAAGCACGGCAACCUGCGCGCGCAGCGCGACGAGGACGCCAGGAGAGUUGUGACAUUCUCGAGCGAUGCAAAAACUAAAGAUAGUUGUUUGGGACAAGGCGAGCUGUCGGCGACGUCGCGGCCGGAGUCGCGCGAGGCGCCCGCCACGGACGACGACUCGCACGAGGCGCGCCGCCGCGCCCGCGCGCGCCGCACCGCCGAGCCCUUCUAUGACGAGUACGGCAGCGGUAUGGGCGGCGGGUACGCGGACCCGUACCUGGUGCAGCGGCAGCAGUACCAGUACUACGAGCACCUGCGGCUCACCAACCCGGCCGCCUACAUGCAGGUGUACAAGCAGCUCAUGGCGGGCCACGCGCCGCCCGUGCCGCCCUACUUCACCCCGAUCACAGAGCUGGGCGGCGCGGCGUACGAGGAGCGGCGCGAGGACCGCGGCAGCGUGCACUCCGGCCGCUCCAGCGCCACCGGCCUCAAGGGGAACGACACGUACUACGGCCGACUGGCGGCGGGCGGCGCCGGCUCGCUGCGGGCCGCCUCGCUGCGCACCGACCUCUCCGACAGGGACCUGAACACGGACAUGUCGCUUAACCUGCACCUGGAGGAGUCGACCGUGCGCUCCGAGAGGAUGACUCCGUUCCGGUACUCCACGGCGCACACCAAGGGCAGCGUGGCGUCCCGCGACGUGGUGGUGGUGGCGGCGGGGUACCCGGCGGACGGCGCGCCGGGGCCCGUGCGCGUGCUGUCGCUGGCGGCGGCGCUGCAGCGCCUGCCCGACGCGGCCGAGCUGGCGGCCUACCCCGGCCCGCUGGUCAAAGGCACAACGCACAAGAAGAGUGUGAUCGAGUACUGCAAGUUGCGCGCGCGCAGCGCGGCCCACGAGGGUGCGCGUGACGUCACGGGCUACGUGCUGCUGUGGGAGCUGCUGGCGCUGAUGCUGCGCCAGAACGGGGUGGUGGUAGGCUCGGACAUAGCGGAGCUGCUGAUGAAUAACACCCGCGAGUACCCGGACUCGGCGGCGGCCAGCAGGCGCGGCUCCGGGGCCGAGCCCCGCGAGCCUCGGCCCGAGCCCUGCGAGCCUCAACCGGAGCCCCGCGACGAGGACAGCUACGCGCCCGACCAGCCCGCGCCCUCACUUGACGACUUGACGCUGCGUGUUGCAGGCCGGGCCGCGGCGGACGCGGGCGCCGCGCUGGACCGGCUGCGGGAGCUGCUCAUAUACGGGAACCGGCAGGAGGCACUCGAGUGGGCCAUGCGCAGCGGGCAGUGGGCGCACGCGCUGGCGCUGGGCGGCGUGCUGGGGCGGCGCGCGCGCGGGCUCGUGGCGGCGCGCUGGCUGGCCGCGCUGCCCGCCGCCGACCCGCUGCACUCGCUGCACGCCGCGCUCAACGUCGCGCCCGUGCCCGCCGCCACCUGCGUGUCGGAGGCGCGCUGGGGCGACUGGCGGCCGCACGCCGCCAUCUUGCUGGCCAACCCGUCCGCGCGCCCGGACCACGACCGCCGCACUCUGCUGCAGUUCGGAGACAGCCUGGCGUCGCGCGGGCUGCUGUACUCGGCGCAGUUCUGCUACCUCGCGGCCGGCGAGCAGCUGGCGCGCCACCCGCUGGCGCCGCUGGCGGGCCCCGGCGGCCCCGCGGGCGCCCCACUGGCGGGCUCCGGCGGCCCCGCGGGCGCCCCGCCGCGCCUGUCGCUGCUGCUGGGCGAGCCGCGCGCGCCCACGCUGGCCCAGUUCGCGCACAACAAGGCUCUGUUCGCCACCGAGAUCUACGAGUACGCCAUGUCGCUGAACCAGGACGACUUCGUCCUCGCCGAGUUCCAGGCGUACAAGCUGGUGCUGGGCGUGCGGCUGGCGGACGUGGGGCUGUACGAGCGCGCGCUGGCCUACAGCGCGGCGGCGGCGCGCGGCCUGCAGCGGGCGCCGGCGCCGCACAGCCGCGCGCUGCUGCGGGCGCUGGCGGCGCUGGCCGAGCGCCUGCAGCACCACGACCCGGCGCUGCUGGAGCCGGCGCCCGAGGACGGCGACAGCGCGGAGGCGUCCCCGCGCCACCUGCGCCACUGGCUGGACGACGUGCGCCAGGCCGCCGACGCCGCGGACAUAGCGCUGCCGUGGGCGGGCGCGGCGCAGGCGCAGACCGCCGCGGGCCCCUGGCCACAGGGCACGCAGUACCCGCAGCCGACGCCGUACUCCGUGCCGACCGAGGAGACUCCCGACUACGCGACGCAAUACUACGCGCAGCAACAACACCUCGACCAACAGCAACAGCUCGGCCAGCAGCAACAACAGCUCGGCCAGCAACAACAACAGCUCGGUCAACAACAACAACAACAGCAGCCCGGCCAGCAACAACAGCUCGAGCUGCAGCAGGAGCCGCUGCAGCAGCAGCCGGCAGUGGAGGAGCCGGCGCAGUACGCGCAGUAUGAGGACUGGGGCCACGCCGCCGAGCCGGGGCCCUACGCCGAGCCCGGGCCCUACGCCGACCCCUACUGGCAGCCCGACUCCUACUCCUACGGAGAGGGCGAGGCGCCGCAGAUCUCGAUGCCGGGCUCGCGCCGCGCCGACUCGCUCGCCGCGCCCGCGCAUGCGCACGACGAGGAGCCCGACGCGGAGCCUCCGAAGGCUCCGAGCAACAAGAAGCAGGAGGACAAGCCCAAGGCGGAGGGCGCCAAGGACGGCAAGGCCAGCAAGGGCGGCUGGCUGGGCGGCAUCCUCACCAAGCUGUCGCUGCGGCCGCCCAACCAGAUGAUCCUGCCCGACGACAAGAACCCCACCAUCGUGUGGGACGCGGAGACCAAGCGCUGGCGCAACCUGGACGGGGACAGCGCCGACAGCGCGCCGCCGCCGCCGCCGCCGCGGGACCUGCCGCCCGCCAUGCAGUCAGUACCCACGAGCACGUCCCCUCCUCCGCCGUCCGCCGGCGCUCCGCCCUCCGCGCCCGUCUCUAACAUAUUCAAAAUGCAGAAAGGAAGACACAUCAAGAAGUCGUACGUGGACGUGCUGAACCCCGGCGGCGCAGGCCCCGGGCCGGGCCCCGCGCCGGCCCCCGCCGUGCUGGGCCCCAGCGUGCCGCUGCAGCCGCCGCCCAGCUACUUCGUGCCCGCGCCACUGCCGCAGGAAGCGGAAGCCCUGCCCAACGGCCAUUAACCAGCGGCGUGUACGACGCGCCCAUGGUGGAGAGCGAGCGCGACCCGUACGAGCACAGCGGCAUAUAGCGCGCCGCCCGGACUCGUUCGUCACAAACUCAAACUGUACAGCCCUACAGACACUCCGGCCUUCUCCAGUACUUUCUUCUUGUUUCUGAUUCUCGCUCUGUAUACUCAAUUGUUAAGAAAAUAUUUUUAUUUUAAAUUAUGUUAGAGUUAUGAACUGAUGGUAUUUUGAUUUGACACAAUAUUUUAUAAAUUUAUUAUGUAUAGAUGCACUUUUCUUAUUAUUUCCAUCCCUAUGUUGUCGAUUUAUUUUCUUUUAGUCAUAGCUAGGUUUAGGUGUCGGUACCGUGUACUGUAGCGAGUGGGUCAAUGUGUCCACUGCGAUAUAGCGCGCGAGUAGUGGGGGGGGGGCGCUGCAUGUAUAAAACAAUUAAUGCCUUAGUAAGACAAAGAUACGCGUCAUUUGUAUAGAAGCAUAGUCUCGGCUUAUAUAUGUAUAUUGGAAUGAGGACAGGCGGGGACGCGUCUGCUUAACAUUGUAUUAUAAUUAUAAUAAUUCAAAACAUAUGGAAAAUAUUUAAUAAAAUGUUUAUGUUAUGCUUA